ACUGUUUGCUUUUAUUGUGAAAGUCUCUAAAGGAACUUGCGCUGUGAAUUGUAGGCGCCUUGACGACGCUCUUCCUCUCUGUAGUCCACCUCUACAGCAUGCAAAUGACCGAGCAACUCUAAUAUAUCGCAGAUUGGUUAACUACACAGAGCGCGCGGCGCUGCGCGAGAGUGGGACACGGUGCGCGCUUCCGUCCUCUGAAGUGGACUGUAAAAGAAAACUGGGAAAGGGUUUAUUUUAAUUUAUUUCUCCCAAAACGCCGCUUGACGCCCCGCGCCUCGAACCUGCAACUCCGGCCGUAAUUAAUUCCAGCGAGGCUGAAGGAAGGAGGGAAGGAGGGGAAGGAAAGGAAGGAGGGCUCAUCAUCCCGGGACCGGAGUGAAAACCGCACCGCGAGACCCCUCGGAAUAAUUGUGAUUGACAGCUGCUCGAGACUCGAGAAAGACUGACGUUAAGUUUUUCUCGCGUGAUUUUUUUUCUUUCUUUUUCUUUCUUUUUUAAUUUAAAAAAAAUGAGCUCUAAGGAGUGAAGUGGUACCCAGUCUCCAAUGCGUCGGUUCCCCGCAUUUACAGAUGGACUGAGAACGGUUCAUUUUGGACUAUAGCCUUCCCUUUUUUUUUCCUCUUUUUUUUUUAAACAUUCAUUUUUGUCAUCAGUUUUAGCCGAUAUCUCAGACCGAAAUGCUGCCCUGUAUCAUUUUCAUCGGCUUGUUUCUCACCGCGGCCCGAUCUCAAGAUAUCCAUCCCUCACAGGCAUCAUCCUCUAUUAGCGAAUCCUGCGAGUCCUUGUGCUCUUGCGAGGUGAAAGACGGCAUCCUUCAUCUUAACUGUGAGCAGAGAAACAUCAGCAAAAUCUCCCAAAUCCAAGUCCCGUCAGGUGUGCCCUUCCACCUGAACCUUUACAAAAAUGACUUGGUUGAGCUCCGUGCCGAGGAAAUGGAAGGGCUUAAGAAUGCCCUUUCACUGCACAUCGGGGGUAAUAGCAUACAAGAGCUGGAGCCAGGGGUCUUUAGCACUCUGAGUUCCCUGAAAAAACUCCACAUAAAUAGCAAUUUCCUCGUCACCCUGAAAGAGGACACUUUCCAAGGCCUGGUGAAUUUGGAGUUCCUCCAAGCCGACACGAAUUUCAUUCGGGUCAUCGAACCGGGUGCCUUCAACAAACUGAUGCGCCUCAAGGUUCUCAUCCUCAACGACAAUUCCAUUGAGUUUUUACCCAGCAACAUUUUUCGCUUCGUGCCCCUCACCCACCUGGACUUACGCGGCAACAAGCUCCAGACGCUGCCUUACGUGGGGUUUUUGGAGCACAUCGGACGGAUAAUGGAGCUUCUGCUGGAGGACAACGACUGGGUCUGCGACUGUGAUAUUUUACAUCUGAAAAGCUGGAUGGAGAACAUGAGGGCGCAGUCGGCGAUCGGGGACGUGGUCUGCAGCACCCCGCAUCACCUAAAGGGGAGCAUUCUGGCUAAAGUCAAGCGGGACGUCCUGUGCCCGUCCCACGCAGAUAUCAACCUGGAGGAGCCGUCCAAGUCGCUGGAUAUGGUUGUCACCCCUUCGUCCAAAGUGUCUCCAGUCCCCAAGUUGGUUAACGCUAAAGACGACGCCAGAGCACCGACGCCCUCUCACAUUCCCGGCAGCCCUUGCGUGGAGCACUGCUCUUGUCACAAUCACCCCGUGGCUGGUUUUCUGAUGCACUGUCAGGACCGAGGAAUUCAAAAGGUGUCGGAUAUCGGAAUACUUCAGCAGAGCCCCACCAAACUCGUCAUGACGGGAAAUAUGAUUCAGAAGCUCCUGAAAUACGAUUUUGUCACGUACGACAGCUUGGAGUUGCUCAACCUUGCGAAUAACCGAAUCGAUUACAUCGAUAAUGAAACUUUCCUCAGCCUGAGCAGUUUGAAAAAACUCUAUCUGAACGGCAACAGGAUUGAAAAACUGUUCUCCACUAUGUUUGUGGGACUCCACAACCUUGAAUACCUGUAUCUGGAAUAUAACCUUAUCAAAGAGAUUGCUCCAGGCACAUUUAAUCCCCUGCCAAACCUGAAGCUGUUGUCAUUAAAUAACAACCUGCUCAGCUCUCUUCCUGCGCAGAUAUUUCGCAACGUGCCCCUCACCAAAUUAAACCUGAGGAAAAAUCUGCUUAUGCACCUGCCAGUGAGCAAUGUGCUUGAUCAACUUGACUCGCUGGAGCAGAUUUAUUUAGAGGACAACCCCUGGGACUGCAGCUGUGACUUGCUCAGCCUCAAACAAUGGGUCGAGAAACUCCGAAAGGACACGGUGGUGGGCUCCAUUUUGUGUCACACCCCGAAGAAAGUGAUGCAGACGGAGCUGAGGAGCCUUCAUCACGACGUCCUUUGCCCCGGUUUAGGGACCUACAACCCCGGGUCCCCAGGCGGGGAGGAGAGCGUGACGGCGACGAUAGGGCCUGAAAACGGCGAGAGGAAUUUGUUCAUCGCCCUCACGGACACCAUCCCGCUCUCUGUGCUCAUCUUGAGCCUUCUCAUUUUCGUCCUGAUGAUUAUAUUCUGCUCAGCCGGGUUGGUGGUGUUCGUGGUGCACCGGCGGAGGCGAAGGGCGAAGAAAAAAGCAGCGGAGGAGCAGCCUCGAGAAAACACCAGCAGCAGCUCACCCAUCCACUUACACUACAGCAUGUACGGGCAGAAAACGACGCACCACACUCUGACGCAAAGAACCGGGUCCGCCACUCUGUACGAGGAGAGAUCGCACAGUCCCAUCGUGCAGAUCUGCCGCAACCCCACCUACUGCUCCCAGCACAAGGAGCACGACGCCGAUUUGGAUUACAGCCUCGACGACCCCAGCGCCAAGCACCACGUCUGCCGGAGCAUCAUGGAGAAGGAGAACACGUCCCCCCUCACGGGAAACCCGAGCUCAAAGUUCAGACCCAUGGCCGGAGAGUGCCCCGCGGAGUUCGUCACUCUCGGGAAUCCCAACUCCCUGUACAGGAACAUUCUGGAGAGGGAGAAGGAGCUGCAGCAGCUCGGAAUAACGGAGUACCUUAGGAAAAACAUGCCCCAGCUCCAGUCGGCGGUAGACAUGCAGGUCCCGGGGCACCAGGAGGAGCUGAAGUUAAUGGAGACAAUAAUGUACUCAAGACCACGCAAGGUCAUGCUCGAGCAAACCAAGAACGAGUACUUUGAACUUAAAGCUAACCUGCAUACUGAGCCAGACUACUUGGAAGUUCUGGAGCAUCAAACUGCAUUUAACUGAACAGAAAAGACAACUGUGUCUAUUAUAAGUUUAAACCAAGUGCCUUGUCCUGUUUGCCCUCCUGUACUUUCCACAGUGUGAACACAUAUAUAUAUGUAUAUAUAAACAUAUAUACAUAUAUAUAAUGGGCACAUCUCUUUGAGUUUAAUUGUAGCACAGAAUGUAACUGAUUUCUUCUUUUGUUACCUUUCGUCCGUCGACAGCCGUGUUAUGUAGCUGCUGAGAGCUGUCACAUUUUUUUGGCCAAAUGUAAUUUCAAGAAGCAAUCGCAGUCUGUCGAGCAGGCCCGGGUUGAAAUACACUCAAUCAUCUUUUCACAAUUGAUUAAAUUUCCACGGCGUUAAUGCAACCAAAUGAAUUGAUCCGCGCGACCCACCCCACCCCACCCCCACCCCACCCCGAGCAUCCUGUCUGGAUAAAGCAGAUGUUGAGGAAGAAGUGAGUGGAUUUCAAUCACCACUUGACCCAGAAUCGCUGUUUAAUCAGUCUACCCUGACUGCGUGUAUGACCUGAUUACACCCUCUGUCAACAUAAGCCAGCUGGAAUGCUGUAACCAGAAUGCUCAUUGUGCCGUAGAGUCAAGAAAUUGCCAACUGUAUACUGAAAAACAGUGAGUGCGCUAUCCCCAAUACACUGCACAGUUAUUUAUUUUUAUACAAAAUAAUGAUAUUCACAUAAGUAUGUUUUUUUUCUUUUCUCAAUCAGUAAAUAGAGCACUUCAAGUACAGUAUACACAACUGUUACGUUGUAAAAAUGCAUUGCACUAAUCAAAUGCCAUAAGAUGGUGCAUGACAAUCAACAGAGUCCUGCUGAAACCUUUGGUUAGUUUUAUUUUUAAGAAGAAAUGAGCCGCUAAUGUGUAUGUUCAUUUAUUGUGCGCGUACGUGUGUGUGAGAUUGUUCGACGCCACUAUUUCAUGUCUGACGGUUCACGAAGCAGCGUUCAGGAACCUUGCUCCGUCCUCAUGCUGUCGUCGUCCGGCUUUUGGACUGAUUAAAAGCGGGCUUUCGUUGGGACGUUAAUGGUGACCGACGAGCGCCAAAACUGAAGCUCCUGAUUUUCUCGCAGACGACCUUUCAGUUUCUCAGCUCACGUUUAACGCAACGGACAGCCGGCAAGUGACACCCGCAACUCGGACAUCGUCAUCGAUCAGGAUUUAUAACGUACACUCUGGAAAACUCAUUUGAACAGUUCAUGUAAGCACACACUCUGUAGCUUUUCUACUUAACUAGAUUUAAUUAUUUAUUCUGUAUAUUUUGUAUAUACCUACGUUCCAUUAUAUCUUUGGUUUUUGUGUGCCUUCAGUGCUGUACAGAAUAUAAACAGAAGCUGUAACUGAAACAGGAAAUAAAGAAUUGCAAUAUUA